AAAAACCCAUUAAUUCUCUUCUUCUAAAGUCUCUAAAAAUCCAAUCUUUCAUUCAUUUCCUCAUCACUUUGCGUUGAAUUUUGGUGUUUUGAGUGUUCAUGGAGGCCGGAGUGAGCAAUAAUAAUGGUGAUCAGAAGGGGUUGCGGUUGCCGUCGCCGCCGCGGACGGUAGAGAGUAUGAUCAAAAAGUCAACGCCGCCGCCGUUUCUGGUGAAGACUUAUACGGUGGUGGAGGAUCCAGCGACGGACAAGGUGAUAUCGUGGAACGGCGAGGGGACGGCGUUUGUGGUUUGGCAGACGGCGGAGUUCGCAAAGGAUGUUUUGCCGAAGCUCUUUAAACACUGCAAUUUCUCUAGCUUUGUUCGCCAGCUUAAUACAUACGGGUUUCGAAAGGUGACGACAACAAGGUGGGAGUUUUGCAACGACAAAUUUCGAAAGGGUGAAAAGGAAAAGCUUUGUGAAAUACGAAGACGAAAGGCAUGGACGAACAAGCAACAACACGAGGUACAACACGAGGUCGAUGAAGAUCAGAGAUCUUCCUCCUCAAACUCAUCUUCGUCACAAUACAAUACACUAAUGGAUGAGAACAAGAGGUUGAAGAAGGAAAAUGGGGCCUUAAGCUCAGAGCUUGCAAGCAUGAAAGAGAAGUGCAGAGAGCUUCUUGAUUUGGUGGCUAAGUAUGGGAAUGGUUCAAGGAAAGAAGAAGAAGAUGAGAGGCCAAAGCUGUUUGGAGUGAGGUUGGAAGUUGAAGGAGAGAGGAGGAGGAAGACAAAAAGGGCAGAAGAGACAACUCUUUUGCCUUCUCAAUCAUGCAAAUGAAGGCAUAGUAGAUAGAAUUAUUAAGCUAUUUAUGAAGAACAUAGAAGCAUAAUCUGUAAAAAAAAAAUGACUUUAUAAAAGGUUAAUAAGGGCUGAAUCGUUAACGUGUAAAAAGAUGGGCACAAGCUCGAUCUUUCGAUCCAUAUGAUCGAUGUAGUUGACAUUAUUUCUAAAAAGGUUGGUUAAAUCUCGUGAUUGUAAUAGCCAAGUAGAUAUUGUUCUUUUCGGGCUUUCUCUUUUUGGGU